CGUGACUUCCGUGUUGUUAACCAGGCACAGCUAAACGAUUACUAGGCCCAGUUUAUUAUCUGUAGAAUCUAAAAAACAGUAAGAAACUGGAUGGAUUAUCGUUAACGCGGCACCUGAAACCUUUGUAGUCCAGUACUCAGCCUAUACUUCUCAUUCCACCUGUUAAGAUAAUGGGACAACCGUUCAUAAGAUUUUGAGAUCACGUGCAGGUCACACUGGAUGGCCAAGGUGGUAACAGUCAGGGCCAGCUGUUAACAUUGUUUGGGCCUGUACAUGUAAUAUCAGUCCAUAAUGGCCAGUCACUUCCGUAGCUACAUCUGGGACCCGGUCCUCAUCGUGAGUCAGAUUGUGUUGAUGCAGUGCAUCUACUACAGCUUCUUGGGCCUGUGGUUAGCAGGAGUGGACAGUCUGGUGCAGAGUAGUCGGUCACUGGACCAGAUCUUCAGCUAUGAGGUCCUUGGGUUUGCAACAAUGCAGGGCAGGCUCUCAAUGAUGGCAUUCAUCUUGAACUCUCUCACCUGCGCCCUGGGCCUGUGGUUCUUCAUCCGCCGAGGGAAGCAGUGCCUGGACUUCACAGUUACUGUGCACUUCUUUCAUAUGAUUGGCUGCUGGAUCUAUAAUGCUCAUCUUCCAGUGGCCCUGUCCUGGUGGCUCGUCAAUGUAGCCUGCAUGGCAUUGAUGGCUGUAAUCGGAGAGUACUUGUGCAUGCGGACUGAGCUCAGGGCCAUUCCAGUCAAUACUGGACCCAAAUCUAACCUGUGAAUUGUUGCCGACACCAGACUCAAAGUCUGCGGACGUUUAACCCCUGAUGAACUCGCUCAGAGAAGGUUUUUUUUCACUGCUUGCAAAAGAAAUGGAGCAUAAACCUCCAUCAGCGUAGAUGUUGGAUUGCCAUCCAUCUCCUCUUCAAGUGACACAUCAGAUGAACUGAUCUAUUUAUUCAUAGCUGUCUGUUUAAUGUGGGGCAGUAUUAAUUCUGUAGCAUAUUAAGAUACAUGUUUUCUUGCUGAUAAAAGCAGGCGUCAGUUUACA